GUUUCAUUCAUUGUCUGCCUGAGGAGCCUGAGCUCACAGCUUCUUUUCUUCCUGACAGACACUUGGACAAGUUGGAAGCACUUCUCUAUUAUAACCCAGACAAGCAGCGGCUCUGAAAUGAGGACCUGUAGACCCACGGCACUCCUCUCCUUCAUCGGUGUUGUGCUGAUCUGGCCACAUGUGCUUACCAAGAGUGUUUCUCACAGUCUACAAACCCCAAAGAGUCCCUCUCUAACUGCAGGUCAGGAAGAGGAGCACCCUUUUAUGACCAAGCACUCAAUUGCAAACUGUGAAAGCAAGUUUGACAACUACUGCAUGAACAACGGCAAGUGCAUUCUGCUGGUGGAACUCAAAGAACACCACUGCAAGUGUGAGAGGGGCUUUUAUGGCAACAGGUGUGGCACUCCGGAAUUUGUUUUGCAGCCAUUGGAUGAAGCGCAAGUGGUGGUCAUCUUGUUCUGUGUGACUUUAAUGAUGAUUGGGCUUGGCGGGACCCUGUACAUCUUCUACAAGUGGUACAAGAGGAGCAAAUUUCAGAAGCAGCCAAAGCGGAAGGGAGUCCAGAUGGUUUAAAGUGUGCAAACAAACCACUGCAGUGGCUUUUCCUGGGCUUUAUUUUGUUAUGUUUUCUUGAUGGAAAAGUUGACCGUAAAAAGAUGUUCCCAGACAAGUCUACACUUAAAAGCCUCGCCGUUAACAGACGCAUCAUCCCAUCGAGAUUAUAAUAUUCAAAAGAGAGCAGCUCUUUGUGUGGGGGCAAUAGUUUUCCAGCUGUACUGGUUCUUAGGUUUCGGCACCUGUUACACUCAGUUUGAAAAGAUGAAUAGUGAGACAAACAAAGCAGUUUCCAGUGGAAGACACCACCUACACAAGUCCAGA